UUAUUUAAUUCUGUCAGUCUGAUUUCCUCAAACAGAAGAACCACAUGACCAGAGUCUUGCAACAGAGACCGAAAUCGCAGACACAUGAUGAAUAGGGAGAGCUGACGGAAGGAGCAGGGGCUGAGGAGAGCGGGGAAGAUGGAGCCUCCCUUCUUGUUUUCUGUUCUGACCCUCGUGGCUGCUGCUGCUGUGUCAGGGCAAUUUCAUCUAAAAACUCAGGACACAAAACAAGUAGCAGAAGUCGGCUCAGAUACUUUCUUGCCGUGCACCUUGUCGUCUUCACAGGGUCUUUCCGAAUUGAAAGUGCACUGGUUUCGCUCUCUGUACCUCUCAACAUUAUUCUUAAUGAGCAAUGGGAAAGAGGACAAAGAGCGGCAGAGUCCUGAGUACAGUGGACGGACAGUUCUCCGAUCACAACCUGACACUGGAGACCUCACUCUGAUGUUGCACAAUGUCAGCCUCUCUGACGCAGAUAUGUAUCACUGUUUGGUGGAAAACAUCAGCAGCAAAGCUUAUAAAGAAGUGGUCAUAGAGCUCAUUGUCAUAGGCAUUGGCUCCAUCCCUGUCUUGGGGGUCUCUUUGCAAGAUAAUUCCAUUGGGAUCUCUUUCAUCACGUCAGACUGGUUCCCAAGUCCAGAAAUGCACUGGGAAGUGGAUGGCAACAAACUGGUCACAGACCAGGAGAAUAUUCACAACCAGAGCAAUGGUCUGUUCCAACUGGAGAGCAGAAUAGUACUCAAAAGCCCCAGUGAUAGACAUGUGUACGGUGCAGUGCGGCAUCCAGUGACCGGAAAAGAAGUUGGACUUUAUAUGGAAAUUGCAGCGGACAUGUUUCCUCGUCUCUCAUCGUGGGCCUAUGCUUUUAUCUUCAUCUUUCUGAUAUUGACAGCGGGAGUCAUUAUUACAAUUGUGUACAUUAAGAAGCAGCACAAACAAAAAGUGCACCUCCAACAGGCCAUAGAUGACCUCUCUUCUGAAGUAGCCUGGAGGCAAGCUGUUAUGACUCCGGAAUACAUUACACUAUGUCUUGAGACCGCCCACCCUGAGCUGUCUGUUGACCCCAGCCUUGUAACACUCAUGAAUGAACCACCAAUGGACCCACCACCUCCAACCAAUUCCCGGUUUGAAACUGAGCGUUGCUGCCUUGGUCUACCUGCCUUUUCCAGUGGCUGUCAUUACUGGGAAGUUGAAUUAGGGGAUUGUCUUGAAUGGGCUGUUGGAGUGGCCUCCCCCGAGGUCCAGAGAAAAGGACAUGCAUACAUGUUUCGUCCUCAGGAAAAUAUUUGGUGCAUUUCCCGUUUCAUGGAAGACUUUAGAGCUCUAGACAACCAAGAAGCCCCUUUGCCUAUUGAACAGCCUGAGCGAGUUGGGGUCUACUUAAAUCUUUCUGGGCCCCGGCAGAUUACAUUUUAUGAUCCAACGAGUUGGGACAAACUCUAUACAUUCAAUAAUGUCGGACAUGGUAGAGGAAACGUCUUACCUUUUUUCUGGUUGGGCAGAAAUGGAAACAAAUUGAGGUUAAGGGGUAGAGACCAAUAAUCAGUUCACGAAUGUAAAUAUUUAAGGAGAGCUCCUCUUUGUGAAAUCAUGGAAUUUAAAGGAGUUGUUCUGCCUAGGAGCCAUCAUAAAAAAACAAUACACUCACCUGUCUGCUCUCCCACCAUGCCUGCACCACUGCCUCAUUCCAGGUCGCUUCCAGUCCCUGCAGGACCAGGAGGUGACUUUGUCCCAUGUCCACUGUUGUCAAUCACAGGCCUCAGUGGUCACAUCUGCUUGAAAGGUUUGUCACUGCUGUCAUAUCGUUCAAGCAGAUGUGACUGCUCACGGCCCCUUCUGGUCACUGCAGGACCAGGAAAUGACUCAGUCUUAUGACCACUGUCGUCAAUCACAGGUGGUCACAGCUGCAUGAACUGUACCUGACUGCAGUACCGGAAGCGGCCAGAAAACUGGGCACAAUGGGGCCAGAAACAGUUUUUUUUAAUAUGAGGCAGAGGAUAGGACUUUAGUGUAGGCCAAACAACCCCUUUAAUUCCCAGGAUGGAUCUCGAAUCUCCAGAUCAUUCCGGUAACCUGUACUGACUGAUGAACAAGAAUCUCAAAAGACUCUUUAUCGGAUUAUAUGGGACAUUUGUCAAUCUGAUCGUGUCGGUCUCAUGGAUGGCGGACACACAGAUACAGAUGCGUCUUCUAUAAGGAACACGGAAAAUGAGAACCAGCGCAUCUGGAUGUAAUAAUAUAUACAUUACAGCUGUGAUUUGUUAAAUUGAGGGAUGCGGCUAUAGAGGGGGCACACGUAGCAGUCGCACCCCCGGCCGCAUAAGAAUCUGGUUGGUAGGUGAUGGUGGGGGGUGAUUUAUACACCAGAAGCCACAAGCACACCUCCAACCAGGACUGAUAUGAUGCUGUAAAUAUCCUACAUUACAAUGUAUAGACAUUUCAUAAAGGCAAUGUAUCACCUAUAUUUUUGUACAAAUCAAAACGACAUACUAUGGCAUAUUCUAAUACUCUUUUCUUGUAAUCUGUUUUAUUCUGUGCAGUUCAGAGAUAUGCUAUAUCAGGGAUCUCAAACUGCGGCCCUCCAGCUGUUGCAAAACUACAACUUCCAGCAUGCCCGGACAGCCUACAGGUAUCAGCUUACAGCAGGGCAUUGUGGGAGUUGUAGUUUUGCAACAGCUGGAGGGCCGCAGUUUGAGAUGCCUGCUUUAGAUAAACUGCCUGGACUGGACAUGGGUAGAGUAGAGCGAGCCUGCCUUUUGGCAGGUUCGAGUUCGGGUUCAGGGUUUAAGUGAAUUACGUAAUGGAUUCCACUGAGUCCAUAACGUAAUUCAAUGCCGGCAUGCUGACAUAAUACAAGUGUAUGGCCAGCAGAAACGAACCCUUGAAACUGACCAUACAACUGUAUUAUACGGCAUUGCGGAACUGAAUUACGUGAUGGAUUCAGUGAUAACGGAAUCUAUUACGUAAUUCACUGCAAAAAAGCAGGUUCGCUCAACUCUAGACAUGGGCAGAAGACUUAAAGGGGUUAUCCCAUCUUAGACAAUGGGGGCAUAUCCCUAGGAUAUGCCCCCAUUGUCUGAUUGGUGCGGGUCCCACCCCUGGGACCCGCACCUACAAGGAGAACGGGGCGGAGAAAGUCGAGGAGGGCGCAUUGCGCAUGCGCAGCCGCCCUCCAUUCAUUUCUAUAGAGCCGCCGAAAAUAUCCAAGCGCUGGCAAGGCUAUUACCGUCGGCCCCAUAGAAAUGAAUGGGAGCGGUGGCCGCGCAUGCGCAGUGCGCUCCCAUGCACUUCAAUGGGAGAGGCGGAGAGCUGCGCAUGGUGGUGGACAGACCCCGGGAAACCCCGGGUCCUCCAGCUACAACUCUCCCCGGCUCCGUUCUCCUUGUAGGUGGGGACCCGCACCAAUCAGACAAGGGGGGCAUAUCCUAGCGAUAUGCCCCCAUUGUCUAAGAUGGGAUAAAAUUGCAGUCGAAAGUGACCCCAAAAGAAUAUUUGUGUCUUGUGAGAGUGUAAUGAGCAUGCUCUGCCACCUGUGCCGAGGUCACUAUGCCGGGAGAGAGAGGAGGACAUUAAACUCAAUGGGUUCAAAGAAGGGGACCUCCUUCUAUUUGCCAGACUAAGAGUCAAUACGAAAAGGGCAGUACCCUGGCCUGGGCAUACAGUACAAGUGAAACUCGAAAAAUUUGAAUAUCGUGCAAAAGUUCAUUUAUUUCAAUAAUGCAAAUUAAAAUUUGAAUAUUGUGAAAAGGUUCAAUAUUCUAGGCUCAAAGUGUCACACUCCAGUCAGAUAAUUAAUAGUGUUGAUCGGCCCUUUGAAAAUUUGCGAAAAUCUAGAACAUAGCGCUAUAUAUUCGUAAUUGCGAAUAUUCUAGAUUUUUUUUUUUAUCAGUACCCUCCCUGCUUCUAGCUUGUGGGCCAAUGAGAAGGCUGCAAUGUCUUUGUCAGAGCUU